UCAUAGUGGCUGGAGUAUGUUUCGGUCUAAUGUGUAUGGUUCAGGGAGCUCUUAACAUCGUCCUGAGGCUGUACCUUCCGCCUCUGGUGGAUACGGAGCUUUCAGUGACGAGCUGCGACAAUCACACGCUGUCUGUAGUCAUAGAGAAGCUCCAGAACAGGUCCAGAGACCUUAUCAAGGAGAAAGCUGAGUUAAACAACAAUUACAUCAACCUGGGUAAAGCGAGAGAUCAGCUACAGAAGGAGAAAGAUGAAAUUGAGAGAAGAUUUUCCAACCUCACUGGCGAUAUCAGGAAGCCGGGGUGGAUCAUCUUCCAGUCCAGUCUUUACUACAUGUCUACUGAGCAGAGGAGCUGGGAUGAGAGCAGACAGGACUGCAGACAGAGAGAAGCCGACCUGGUGAUCAUAAACAGCAGAGAGGAACAGGAUUUUAUCGAGCUGUUAAGAAGAGGAAAUAGCGCUUGGAUCGGUUUGACUGACAGAGAAAAGGAGAGCGAGUGGAAAUGGGUGGACGGUACACCACUGACCUCUGCCUACUGGUGGACUAAGGAGCCGAGCAACUCUAAUGGAGAUGAGGACUGCGCUGAGACUGGUUAUAAACCGGUUGAUGGACGACCUGUAAACGAUCUCAUAAGCACGUGGAAUGAUAAUUCAUGCUCUGGCCGUAAUUCUUGGAUCUGUGAGAAAAUAAUUGCCCUUUGAGUCUCUGUGAAAAAAACGAAUUUUGGAAGUUAGCGCACAAACAUAAUGUAAAUAUGUAAAUUUUAGCAGAAUUUUUUAAUUUAUAUUUCCUUAAUUUAUGUCCGAUGCGGCCGUUAGACUGUAUUUAUGUAGACUUUGUACUUCUGUACUUCUAAAUAAAUGCAUUAUAUCUCUAAUUGGCUGAUGAGAAGUUAAUGAGAGAGUAGCCAUAAUAGAAAUGAUAAGCAGGGAAGCCUCCACACCUCCACAUUCGGACAGGGUGUGGUUAAAAGAAAUGGGGGUGGGGGUUCACACCGAAUGUGAAUAAGGGGUUACUGCUAGAUUAUUAUACAGUAGAUUCCUCUUUAUUAUGCUCAUUAUGUACUUUUAAUAUUACUCAAUAUAGGAAAAUAAAUAAAUUAAUAAAAGUGGAUGACAUCAUCUCUGGGAAAAAAAAAUCCAUGACAGAAUGAUCAUUUUGAUAAU